AAAUUAAAAAUUCAGAAUUAGCUCCGAUAAUAGCAUCAGGACAAAAAUUUGAGGGGGCGAAAAUGUCAGACAUCGAUGCGUCUAAGAAAGUAGCCGAUAGAUAUCUGAGGCGUGAAGUUCUCGGUGAAGGUACCUAUGGAGUCGUAUACAAAGCCAUUGAUACAAAGACUGGACAGACGGUUGCAAUUAAAAAAAUUCGACUUGGCAAGCAGAAGGAAGGGGUAAAUUUUACUGCUCUUAGAGAGAUUAAACUGCUCAAAGAGCUCAAAGAUCCCAAUAUUAUUGAGUUAAUUGAUGCAUUCCCGCAUAAAGGGAAUUUGCAUCUCGUGUUUGAAUUCAUGGAGACGGACCUUGAAGCUGUUAUACGAGAUCGAAAUAUUUUUCUUUCACCAGCGGAUAUAAAAUCCUACCUUCAAAUGACACUUAAAGGUCUUGCUUAUUGCCACCAGAAAUGGGUUUUGCAUAGGGACAUGAAGCCAAAUAAUUUAUUGAUAGGACCAAAUGGACAGCUGAAACUUGCAGAUUUUGGUUUAGCAAGGAUAUUUGGGAGCCCGGAUCGAAGGUUCACUCAUCAGGUGUUUGCUCGGUGGUAUAGAGCACCUGAGCUGUUAUUUGGAGCCAAACAGUAUGGGUCAGGGGUUGAUGUUUGGGCUGCAGCUUGUAUAUUUGCUGAACUUCUGCUUCGUCGGCCCUUUUUGCAGGGUUCAAGUGAUAUUGAUCAAUUAGGAAAGAUUUUUGCUGCAUUUGGGACUCCAACACCCUCUCAGUGGGCUGAUAUAGUAUACCUUCCUGAUUAUGUCGAAUACCAAUAUGUUCCAGCCCCUCCUUUGCGUUCUUUAUUCCCAAUGGCAAGUGAUGAUGCUUUAGAUUUGUUGUCAAAGAUGUUUACAUAUGAUCCUAAAGUUAGAAUUUCAGUGCAGCAGGCUUUAGAGCACAGGUAUUUUUCCUCUGUGCCUCUGCCCACGGAUCCUGAUAAGCUUCCUAGACCUGCCCCAAAGAAGGAUCUUAAGGCUUCUGAUUUCAAUCCACAUGAGGGCCCGACUGUUUUAUCACCUCCUAGAAAGUCUAGGAGAGUGAUGCCAGGGCGUGAUGGAUUUGAAGGAAAUGCAUUACAAGGAGAUAAAGCUGAUGAUAAUGCUGGUGAUUACAUACAAAAGGCUGGUGAUAAUACUGGAAAGAAUGAUACAGCUGCAACGUCAGUAGACUUUUCUAUAUUUGGAUUAAACCCUCCAAAUAGGCCUACAAUUAGCAGCGCUGACAGAUCACAUCUGAAAAGAAAAUUAGAUCUAGAAUUUCAACAUCCAGAAUGAAUAUUCUAGUACAGGAGCCAUUAGAGCCGUCCUGAUCUGUGCUUCUCCGUGUAAAGCUACUAUGGAUGUGUAGGUGUAUAAAGGAGAAAGUAGCAGUCACGGAAACUUAACGUCGCACUUGAAUUUUCGUUUGGGGACCCAAAAUAACUGUUGCAUAAUUAAAAUCUCCCCCACGGGGUUAAUUGUGGCUGAUGAACGGCACCCCGCUAGUGAUUCGUGAGGGCAUUUUCUUGAGCCCUCACUGUAUCUGUUGCUUGCAGAAGUUAUUGUGUAAGCAGUUGUCUACUAUAGAACAUAAAAUGCAUGCUAUCGGGUGCUUCCAAACUGAUUGUUAUUCCAUUUAUCUCACUGAACACAAGUAUUUAUAGAAAUGGUGCCUGAUUUUCCUGGCUCUCUGCAAUUUUUGUUAUUCAAGGAACUCAUAUUGCGUCA